AUGAAAGAUGAGAGAAGGAUCGAUAGUGACGCAGACUUUUCAGGUUCUCAAUACUUGGAAGAAGCCAAGGCAAAGACCGAAAACAAAACAAAAUCAACUCAUUUAAAAGUUGAGAUAGAGGAGCAGGUGCUGGGGAAGGUGCUGGAGCAUGAGCAAGAGAUACUACCGCCCAAUAUCUUCCCUAAAGUUGAUCGAGCUGAUGAAGGAACUGGCCCCAAAGGCUGGUCAACGAUAUACAAUGAGGUCGUCGAAAUGAGAUCAAAGUUUGUGGCACCAGUGGAUCAUCAAGGCUGCGAGUCUAUGCCCAAUACAAUAACACCGAACUUACAGACCCAAAAUCCCCAAAAGUACCGAUUUCAACUACUCAUUUCCUUGAUGUUAUCAUCACAAACUAAAGACGAAGUAAAUUAUCAAACAAUGGUAAAGCUCAACAAUGGACUUGCAAGCUCAGGCGGAUUCUGUAUUGAAACUGUUUCGAAGCUAACCCCUCUGGAAAUCGAUUCAUAUAUUGCCAGUGUGGGAUUCCACAACCGAAAAUCUCAAUAUAUUGCUAAAACAUGCCAAAUAUUACUACAGAAAUACAAGGGAGAUAUACCGCAAACGAUUGAAGAGAUUGUGGAAUUACCAGGUGUCGGACCCAAGAUGGGACACUUACUAUUGCAAUGCGGAUGGGGUAUAAAUUCAGGUAUUGGGGUAGAUGUGCACCUACAUAGGUUAGCCUCUAUGUGGAAAUGGAUUUCUCCAAAAGCCAAUACUCCAGAGAAAUGCCGUAUUGAAUUGGAAAGUUGGCUUCCGAAAAAAUACUGGAUGGAUAUUAAUCCCUUGAUGGUUGGGUUUGGACAAGUUGUGUGUGUUCCACGUACACCAAAUUGUGAUGUUUGCAAUUUAGGUCGAAAAGGGAUCUGUAAGUCGAGAAAUCAAAAAUUGCUAAAGAUGCCGAUGAGUGAGGAGAGAAGAGCAAAGUUGAUGAAACAAAGAGCUGAUUUAACUAACUUGAUUAACUUGAUCAACGAUGAUGUCAGUUAUACCUUAAAUAAAUAA